AUCGAUUUCGGCCGAUUACGAUAUAUCGGUUUGAAGGUAAGAAAUUGGUAAUAGGUAGUUGCAACUUGCGUUUUAAAAGAAAGCAACCGGUAAACUUAUUUCGUGAUUCACUGUUAAAAAAAAGAAAAGCAAUGCCCAUCUUCAAAGUCAAAGUAAAGUGGGGCAAAGAAGUGUUCAAUGAUGUUGAAGCCAACACGGACGAAGAUCCAAUUUUGUUUAAAGCCCAACUGUUUGCAUUGACUGGUGUUCAAAAUGAACGGCAAAAAGUCAUGUUGAAAGGUUCUACGUUGAAGGAUAAUGACUGGGGCAACAUUCAACUAAAAAAUGGUGCUGUUGUUUUGCUUAUGGGCAGCAAAGAGGAAGAUGUUCCUAAUGAACCGAAACAAAAACCUAUUUUUGUUGAAGAUAUGAAUGAAGAUGAACUAGCUAGCGCACUUGAUUUUCCAUCUGGGCUUACAAACCUUGGCAAUACAUGCUAUAUGAAUGCCACAAUCCAAUGUCUGAAAACUGUUCCUGAGCUCUGUGAUGCUUUAAAAGACUACAAAGGAGAGGUCAGUCUUAGUGGUGGAAUGCUUGCUGGUUCUGUUACUGCAGCACUGAGGGAUUUAUACUCAGCUAUGGAUAGAGGAAAUGGUUCAUCCAUUCCACCCUUCAUCCUACUUCAAGUUCUUCAUGCAGCAUUCCCACGCUUUGCAGAAAAAUCUUCCCAUGGAGGAUUUCAGCAACAGGACGCAAAUGAAUGCUGGACGGAAAUUCUUCGAAUGUUACAGCAGAAGCUUCAGGCCAAGAAUGGCGCUAACCAGUCUCGCCAAUAUUCAUCCAUUAUCGAUCAGUAUUUUGGCGGCCGUUUCACCUGUGAAUUGAAGUGCACUGAAAGCCAAGAGGAGCCAGUUACCACAAGCGAAGAAAGCUUUUUGCAACUGAGUUGUUUUAUUUCACAAGAAGUGAAAUAUAUGCACUCGGGUCUGUUAUCGAGGCUUAACGAGCAGAUAACCAAACACUCGCCAUCGCUUGGUCGAGAUGCAAUUUACAGCAAGUCGUCCAAAAUCAAUCGAUUGCCAGCAUACCUAUCUAUUCAGUUUGUUCGAUUCUUUUACAAGGAAAAGGAAUCUAUAAACGCAAAAAUUUUGAAGGACAUCAAAUUUCAACUCAAUUUGGACGUAUUUGAUCUUUGCUCCCCAGAAUUGCAACAGAAGCUUAUUCCAAUGAGAAACAAAUUCAAGGAGUAUGAAGAUCGAAAAAUAGAAGAGAUCAAAGUGGUGAAGAAGCAAGUUAACGCUGAGGUGGAAAAGACCGACGUUAAGAAAGCACCAUAUUGGUUUGAAGAUGACAUAGGAUCAAAUAACUCAGGGUACUAUGAACUUCAAGCAGUUUUAACCCAUAAAGGGCGUAGCAGUGGAAGUGGUCACUAUGUUGCAUGGACGAGGAAAGCAAGGACCAAUCAGUGGCUACAACUAGACGACGAUAAGGUUACGCCUAUAAGCGAAGAAGAUGUUCUAAAACUGUCUGGGGGUGGUGAUUGGCACUGUGCCUAUGUACUUCUUUACGGACCACGUUUAUUGGAGAUUGACGAAGGAGUGGACAAAAUGGACACUACAGUUUGAAUGCUCUGCGUUUUGUUACAAUGUACCACGUAUUCAUCUAUUAAAUUGACUCAAUCGAAA